AUGCGAAAGCACUUAGGAGAAAAGGCGAGUUCCUCAAACCCGCUGAGCUAUGAGCCAUUAAUGCACCCUGAUGCCAGGACUAGCGGAGCCUUUGUCAGGGAAAUUCACCUCUGGUUCAUCGCCCCCUAUCAUCUUCUUAGUUCCCUGCUUUGCCCGGUGACCAAGGAGGAAGUGGACGCAAUGCGGGAAACCAUUAAGAACAUCCAGAGAGUCAUUCUGGAGCAGUUGCAGUCCAGUGCCAAGCGCAGUGUCAUGAAAGACAUCAUAGGACGUCUCUUCAAAUUAAGAGCCAAGAAAUUUCAGGGAAUUGAGGAAAAGCAUAUUCGCCGCCUGAAAGAGAUCAUCCGUUCAUAUUCCCAGUGUAUCCAGGAGACACAUGAAGACAUUGGAGAGGUUCACAACAAGUUUAUGAAAAACACGGACAGCAAGACUGUGGAAAGCUUGAUGCAGAGGCUUGGCGAGCGGAUUGCAACAGGGAGAGGGCGACCUGGUGCCAACACCUGGGAAUUUAUCCUCAACAUUCAGGCCAAUGGCUGUGUCUCACAGGACCCUUUUGGCCCAAUCUCGGAGGUUUCCUCCCCUGUGCUAUCACCCACAGGCGUGCGGGCCAAGAUUGAUGGCCCUCUGCUUCCCUUCAGAAGGAAUCACACCGCUGGACUGUUUGGAGUUCCAGUGGUGGGAUCGCUCAGCCUACCAGAGCUCUCCAGUUGCAGCCUCACCUCAGCUGCCCCUGUCACAGGUGCAGAGAGCUCCUCUCUGCCCCCUACUGUCUCUCUGAGCAGUUGCAGUGCUCUUGCCAUUGGAAGCAUGGUCGCUUCCAGCACAAUUCCAGCCAUCACCGUGAGCAUCACUGAGUCUGUUGAUGCUUAUUUCAGCUCAGCCGAUCCUACAAGGUGCCUCGUUAAAAUAACCGGUCGCGUGACACUGUCCCUCCCCCAUGACAUCGUGGAGGUUUUAAGCAGCCGCCCGUUCCCUGCAGAGAUGAGCUUCAAGCUGAAAAACACCAGCAGGCUGCAGCAGAUCGUGCCCAACCAGCCCAUGGCUUACAGGGAUCCUUUCCAAAAUGAUCCCAACAUCUGCAGCCUGAACAUGCAAAAACUUCUGGCUCAUCUCAGGAGAGAGGCUAAGCAGAGCUCGUCAGCAUCUGACUUCAACAUGGACAUAUUGAAAUACCAGGUUUCCUCCAAUGGCAUCCAGUCCACCCCUCUGAAAAUGGCUGUUAACUGGAAGUGCAGCCCCUCAAGGACAGACCUGCGGGUGGACUUCAGAUACAACUCUGAGGCCAUGCUGAGUCCAGCGUGCUUGUCCGAUGUGCGGGUGCUGGUACCAGUAGACGGAGGAGUGACCAGCAUGCAGUCUCAACCCGCUGCGCAGUGGAAUGGAGAUCUCAAUAAAGCCUUAUGGAACCUCAGUGACAUUUCAGGGAUGACUGAGAAUGAAGGUUCAGGAUCCCUUGUGGCCAUGUUUGAGCUCUCUGAGGGUCCCACUAACCCCGCCACACUUGCUGUGCAGUUCCACAGUGAAGGCAGCACUCUCUCAGGAGUUGAUGUGGAGCUUGUUGGGAGAGGCUACAGGCUUGCGGAGGUUAAAAAGGGAUUUGCCACAGACAGAUAUAUGGCAGGCUGCUGAUGUUCCAAG